UCUCCGGGAGAGCGAGAGCAAGCCUACGCAAAUGAACGCAGAGAAAAACUUAUUUCAGCCCCCGCACAGUGGGACCGAAAGCAAGCUAACUAAAAGUUUAAAUAAGUUGAAAUAAAUAGAUCGAAGUUAAAUAAAUACCCUAAUAUAAAAUGGAAAACAACUUGAAAACUUUCAUGAGUUUUAAGGGUUUUUAAAAGAAAAUAAUUUAAACAAAGCUUGAAUUAAACUGGUACAUAAACGCAUUUAGUUUGACUACUGUUCACCGCAAAAUUCGUUUUCGUUGUGGGAGAGCGAAAGAGAGAAUUGCUGCCUCUCGCGAGAGCGCGAUAAUCGUUUAUAUUGCCAUAUAUUUCCCAUAUAAAAGCACCGCUGCUUCGUGUUUUCGUUGCGUUUUUACAAAAAUCUCGAACAAAAUAUGACAAAAAAACAUCGGAUAAAUCGCCGGGCAGUAAAAUCACGGUUUCCAGUAAAAAACUAAUGAUAUUUAUCAGAUUUCCCAAAUAUAUACUCAUCGAAACGAAAGUCAAUACCCCCCGAAAAAAAAUCCAAGUCGGAGUAAAUACAAGUUGACUUCUGCUGCAGCUGCCUAAAAGAUGCAACAAUGUGACAGGCGGCAGCAGCAGCAAUAUUGCCAGGUGCAACAUCAGCGGAUUAUCCGGCAGCGGCAACAAAAAUUACUACAGGAGCAUCAAGCAUAAUAUUAAAAAACAGCAGCAGCAAUGAAAAAAGUUUAAAAGGCAGCAAAUCCUAUUACAGCAAUAUAUUGAUGAGCAGCUAAAGCCACAACCGAAACAGUUAAACCAUAAUAAUUUAAUUGAAUUUAAUUUUAUACUAGCGAGCUUAAAAGCCAAGCACAAAAAUUCACAGAAGGGGCAGCAGCAAUAACCAAAACACCACAGAAAUAAACAAAAAUUCAGAGUUAAAGACGAAAUACGAACAAUUCGUUUACGCUUCAAAAACAGAGGAAAACCAUUGAUUUUAAGCGAGGACAGCAACCUAUCGGAUACACGAACCCAAGGAUUGAACAGCGGUUUAGCAGAAGGAAAGCUUAGAGAUCAGGCUGAGGAGAGCGACAGACUGAAACGAAGGCAGAUAAGGGAGGAGCAGGAGGAUCAGGCGGAUCAGCGGGAGGAGCAGGAUCAUCAGGAUCACUGGAAGGAUCAUCGGGAUCAACAGGGAUCGGCGGAAUGCCCAGCACGGCGGGCAGUGCAGCGGGCGUUGGAAUGGGCGCUCUAAUCAAUAGUGCCGGCAGCAGUGCCAGUGGUGCCAUGGGCAUCGGCCUGGGUGGAGCAGCGGCGGCCGGAGCAGCAGGAGCAGCAGCUGGACCAGGUGCUGGAGCGGCUGUCUCCGGUGGAGCAGAGGCCUCCGCCGGUACCUUGAUCGCCCAGAGCACGGCGGGAACGAGCGCCGCCAGCAGCGGUACGAUCACCUGGGACAACAACGGCACCCUGCGAUCGAUCAAUCCCGGCGACUGGUCCAUCGAACAGUGCCUCGGUUGGCAGCAGCCGCAUCCGCUCUACUUUCAGCUCGGCUGGGCCUUCCUCUUCCUGGCCUUCCUGGCGCCCCACGGUCCGUACGGAUCGCUCUGGAUGCGGGCCAUGCUGCUCAUCGGCUGCCUGAUGAUGGGCAUGCACGGCUAUCUGGUGGCCUGCACACCGGACGUGGUCCUCUGGUCCGGAAUGGGACUGUUCGUCAACUUCAUCUAUCUCGUCGUGGUGCUCUGCCGGCUGAGACCCGUGCGAUUCGAGCAGGAAAUCGAGGCGGUUUACCUGGCACUUUUCCAGCCGCUGCACGUGACGCGCCAUCAGUUCAAAAAGGUGCUCAACUGCAUGAAGGUGAUACGCGCCCUGAAAUACCAGGAAGUCUAUGCCCAGGAGAAGGUCACCAAGGUGGACAGCCUCUCGUUGGUGCUGAGUGGCAAAUUGGUGGUGUCGCAGCAUCAGCGAGCGCUGCACAUUGUGUUUCCCCAUCAGUUCCUAGACUCGCCGGAAUGGUUUGGCGUCUCGACCGACGACUACUUUCAGGUCUCCAUUAUGGCCAUGGAGGAGUCGCGAGUGCUGAUCUGGCAUCGCGACAAGCUCAAAUUGUCAAUUAUGGCCGAGCCCUUCUUGCAGACCGUCUUCGAUCACAUUCUCGGCCGGGAUGUGGUCAAGAAGCUGAUGCAGGUCACCCAGGUGAGCGAAUCGAUAGCCAGCAAUGGCUUCCUGCCAUCGGGAGGAUAUGCUGAGGAUGCGGAGGACAAGCCCAUGUUGAUACUCAAGAAGAGUGUGGAUGUGGGCCACGGACUGACGGCCCUGAUCAACCGGCAGCUACAGGAGCAUGUUCCUUUACUUGGUCGCACGUACAAACAACAACAACUACUGCAACAACAACUAGAACAACAACAACAACAACAACAAUCCGUACAAGAGGCAACAACAAGCGCCAACAACAUCGAGCAAAGUGCAAUCUGAAAUUAUGCAACCGCCCGCUCCUGCUCAACUUGCCACGAAAAAUCAGAGCACUCCUCCGUCCCUUCACCUUUGACCUGCACAACAACAACAACAACAACUAGAACAACACCCACACAAGCAGACAAUAUCAUCAGUCAUCAGUCAUCAGUCAAGUCAUUAAUCACAAGCAAGCAAAGCAGCAAGACAACAAAAGUCAACACCACGAUCAUCCAAGAAGGAGCUGUCGAAGAGAUCUGGAAACUAUCCAUCUUAAUCCGCAUCUUGAACCCCAUAUAUACUACCAUCAUCUCAUAUCUAGCAUAGCAACUAGCACUAGCUGAACAAACACAUCUAACACAUCUAAUCGUUCUAAUAGCCAACUUUGUAUCACCCAGAAACCUAAACAAACAGCCAGCCUUUUCAGUUUUUGUGUAAACUUUUCGUCUUGGGCAACCUAAACUUUCCAUCCAGCGGAAAUCUACUUCAAAUCAGUGUUGCCAGGUCAAGGUCUAAAAAAAAUAACCUAAAUCCCAAUCAUAUAUUAGCUAGCUUAUGUAAUUUCAUUUCAAUAAUUCUAUCCACUAAAAAACCUCAAAACAUUUUAAGGCUGCGAAAUCUAACCGAAAACUUAUCAACUUGGCAACACUAUUCAAAAUUAUUCCAUAUGUACCCCGGAUCCUUGGCAAAAAACUAACGUUAGCUGUAGUCAAACCAGUUGUAGAUGUUAUUUAUUUUGACUGAUCAUGGUUGUAUGUUGAGUUGUAGUCAAACAAGACACCUGAUUGCUCAUGAAUUAGUUUUAGUUUGAGUGGGUUUCUCGAUUGAACACGAUUAACCAAGGUUUAAUUCUAUGAUUACUUGAUUAUGGUUUUCGAUUUGAAAUUAAUUUUAGUGUUAUUUUCUCAUAAUUGUUUAUAUUAAAAAGAUUUAUAAUUGAUUAAAAAUUGAAAAUAUAUUUAAUGUGAGGACAAUUAACGCGAUCUGUUGAUCAAAGAUUUAUGGUUAGCCACGAGCAAAUGCUAUAUUAUUAUUUAAACUUGUUGUUAUUGUUAAGCAAACAAAAAGUAUAGGUUUACAGAUUUUUUUUUAAAUUGAGUAAUGAGUAUUUGAUGACUUCUGACAUGAUUGUAAUCAUAAUGAAUGGCAAGGGAACUGGUUUGAUCAACAGCACUUGAGUUUCAGUUACAGAUUUAAGAUCUCAAGAUCGAUCGAUCUAGUGACAGGCGAUAAAUUAACUUUUCCGCUGGUGCAAAAGUUUUCUUGGCUUAAUUUGAUUAAAUUGAUUUGAUACCGCUUGGCAUUUAAUGGAAUUUUACUGUGCUGGCACAUCCAUCAAUUCGCUAAAUCUUCCAUUAACACAUUAUUUUUUUUGUACUUCCAUAUGCAUAUGUUUUUUUUUUUCGUUGAUUUGUUGAUUGAUUUGCAUACAAAUUGAGCUUGAAGAAAGCGUGAAAACUAAUUAGAAUUAAUAUCGAAUAAUAUUUGAUAAUGUUAAGCAAUACAUAGCCUAAGUCGUUGUACAUACACUAUAUACAUCUACAUACAUAUAUAUAUAUGUAUAUAUAUAUAUAUAUACAUAUUUUCUGUACAUAACCCCAAUUGUCCAUAAAUCCGAGAACCCCUAAUCCAAUGCUCCCCCAAGAAAGUGUAAUAAACAAAAGGAAUCAAUGUGAAUGUAAACAAGCCAAAAACGAAAGCUAAUAAAAAAAAACACAUAUAAUACCAA